GUUGAUUUUAAAAUCAAAACAGUAGAGCUAAGAGGAAAGAAAAUUAGAUUACAAAUCUGGGACACAGCAGGUCAGGAGAGAUUCAACAGCAUUACCUCAGCUUAUUACAGAAGUGCCAAGGGAAUUAUUUUGGUGUAUGAUAUCACCAAGAAGGAAACAUUUGACGAUUUACCAAAAUGGAUGAAAAUGAUUGAUAAGUACGCUUCAGAAGAUGCAGAGCUUCUAUUAGUUGGAAAUAAACUGGACUGUGAAGUUGAUCGAGAGAUUACUCGACAGCAGGGAGAAAAGUUUGCACAGCAAAUAACUGGGAUGCGGUUCUGUGAAGCAAGUGCCAAGGAUAAUUUUAAUGUGGAUGAAAUAUUUCUAAAACUUGUUGAUGACAUUCUGAAAAAGAUGCCACUGGAUGUUAUAAGAAAUGAGUUGUCCAACAGUAUCCUGUCCCUGCAGCCAGAGCCAGAAAUCCCACCAGAACUGCCUCCUCCAAGGCCACAUGUCCGUUGCUGUUGACUUGUUACUCCAUACAGAGAGAAAAAUAGGAGUGGGAGGGUAAAGGAAGUAUCUGUACUACUCUGCACUACAAUCAUUUGGCAGUUUCUUGUUGCACUUUGUUAUUCGAGUCAGAGCUACACACUAACUUGUAAAUAUGCAAAUAUGCAAUCCUGUGUAGGAUUCAACUAUAACAUUUAAAUAUUACCCCUCUCCCUCACAACGAUGUUUCAUUCAUUGCCCCAGUGUUAUAAAUACUGUACAGUCGGUGGGGGUUUACCACACUUCCAGUCGAGGAGGAGGAGAAAUUAAAUCUAUACCUAUUCUUGACAUAAAUGUUGUAAUAGUUCUUGUUAUUAUAAACAGGCAGGCAGAAGCUCUUCUGGUAUGAAGAUAAGUAUAUGGUGCUUUGCUAACUAUUUUAAAGACAAAUUUUUUAAAAACAGAGGACUUUAUGUACAAAGCUUCCAUAAUCAGCAUUAUGUUUCCUUUUAAUGUAGUGAAAACAUUUUUGGCUGUAGCAUCCUCUGCUGACUGGAUUUAUUGAAAAGCUAAGUUUAAUUUUUGGCAGUCUUUUAUUUAUUUUGUUUAAUGCUGCACCCUUUCUUUGUGUACCAAGAUGUCACACCUGGUGCAGGCCUAAGAUUGCACUCUGAAGUAGCAUAUAUAAUUUUCUGCAUAAGCAUAAACUUGGUUGCAAGAAUCAUUAAGUUUCAAUAAAAGAAUGGAGAUAUAUUCAAGCUCUAAAAGAAGAUAUAAAAAGCAAUGCUGCUGUCCUAGACAAAUUCUUUAAAAAAUUAAAAUUAAGAUGAUACAUUUUCCUGUGUUAAGGAAUAUAUAUGUGUAUUUGUCUGGACAUCUGUAGGGAUGGGGGGAAGGGAACCUAAGGUAAAAUUAUUUUCUUUCCUAAUGGUGGAAAUUAUUCCCAUCAAGCAAAUAUUGUGUUAGGGUUUUGUCUGAUAAUGAAUUUGUGAAUUAUAUCUUUGGUAUAUCUUUUAUUAAAAUGCACUGUUUAGUUUAGCUGUGGUAAAACAGUAGUUACAUAUUUGAAUAACUUGGUGUGUCCUGAAUGUUGUGGUAUUGAAAAACAUUGUGGUCUUUCUAAACUAAUGAAGUGCAAAUAAAAUUUUGUAUUUAUGAAUGACA